UGAGAGUUCUUCUGCCACCUGUUUUCCUGGAGAAGAUGUUAACAGCUGGAAAGCCUUUGAAGAGCCUCUUUCUUCUAAUUUUAUGGCUUGUUUUGUCCCCUGCAAUCAGCUGCACACACCUAUGGCUGUGGCUUCCAUUCUUUUUAGCCUUUCUGACCACUGCACAAGGAAACUUUCUGGACCCCAGCAGGUCCUUCAGUGGGACAGAUUAGAAAACAAAACCAGAAUUAAUUUAAAAUCACUGCUUACGUGUUGCUGCUGACUCACAAUGCCACUACCAUCUUUCUCCUCCCCCCUCACCCAUUCUGGCUUCUGCUUUUCUUAUUUAUCUCUCUUUUUCUUUUCCUUCCCUUUCCUGUCUCAGGGUAUAGCUGAGUAGUUUCCCCUUUUUUCUCAACCCAGUUUUGUUCCUGGAGUUAUCUUUUCUCUAGUCAGAGUACAGAGGGAGGCUGCAUGCAAGACAGGUUUCCUCAGAGCCAGGACACAGGAGGAGAAUCAAGGAAGCUUUUGUGACUGCAGAGGUGAAGGUUGGUGAUACAGAAUGGCUGAUAUUAACAGGGAAUAAAAGUUUAUUUCACAGCUCUGUGGGUGUUAGAUUUGGUGUCUGUGUGGUCAGACAGAACACAGGGAUCUCACAUGCUGGGAGGUGGAGAAGGAAGAGUGAGCUGCUCGUAAAGCAGAGGCAACAGCUCAUGAGGACACUUCUGCAUUGUCAGUGUUGACGUCCUUGUUUUCAGCACCACCGCUCCGAGAGCCUCAGGGGCUGCUUGGUUGGGUUUUGGUGUUUUUUUCCAGGCAGGACAACGCUGCUCACUGAUCCCCUCACUGCUGACAUGCUGGAAGAGGAUAACGAUGAGAUCUGCUGGAAUAACCUGGAGAACUUCCGCGUGAAGCUGAUCUCGGUGAUCGAGCCGUCGCGGAUCACGCCGUACCUGCGGCAGUGCAAAGUGCUCAGCCCUGACGAUGAGGAGCAGGUGCUCAACGACCCCAGCCUGGUCAUGCGCAAGCGGAAGGCAGGUGUUCUCCUGGACAUUCUUCAGAGAACAGGACACAAGGGCUUUGAGGCAUUUAUGGAGAGUCUUGAGCUUUAUUAUCCACAGCUGUAUAAGAAAAUAACUGGCAAAGAGCCCAGCAGGGUUUUCUCCAUGAUUAUAGACACGGCUGGCGAGUCUGGCCUGAGCCAGGUGCUGAUGAACGAGAUCGUGAAGCUGCAGAGCGCGGUGCAGGAGGAGCGGCGCAAGGCGCAGGAGCUGGCGGGGUGGCUGCACUCCAAGGAGGACACGCUCAGGGAGAUGUGGGUCAGGGACAGCCUGCUCCGCAAGCACCAGGAGCGCGCCCAGAGGAUGAAGGAGGAGAGGGACAGCCUGAGCAAGGAGCUGCGCAAGUGCAAGGACGAGAACUACAGCCUGGCCCUGAGCUACGCCAAGCAGAGCGAGGAGAAGAGCGCGGCCCUCAUGAGGAACAGGGACCUGCUGCUAGAGAUCGAUCAGCUGAAGCACAGCCUCAUGAAGGCUGAGGAUGACUGCAAGCUGGAGAGGAAGCACACCAUGAAGCUGAAACACGCCAUAGAGCAGCGCCCCAGCCACGAGGUGGUGUGGGAGAUCCAGCAGGAGAAGGAGCUGCUCUUGGCCAAGAACCAGGAGCUGGAAAACACUCUCCAGGUAGCCAGGGAGCAGAACUUGGAGAAGAGCCUCUCCAAGGAAACUCUGGAGAAUGACUGCAGCCAGACCGUGGAAGAGCGCCGGGAGCUGGUGAACACCAUUUACAGCCUGCGCAAGGAGCUGCGCCGGGCCAAGGUGCUCCAGGACAAAUUUGCAGAGGAGAAAGAGGUGCUGGAGCUACAGUGCACAUCUCUGAGGAAGGACUCCCAGAUGUACAAAAAGCGGAUUGAGGCUGUCCUGCAGCAGAUGGAGGAAGUAGCUUCGGAGAGAGACCAGGCUCUCCUGACCCGGGAGCAGUUCCACAUGCAGUACUGCAAGAACCUGGUGGAGAGAGACGCCUACCGCAAGCAGAUCCGCGAGCUGGGCGAGAGAUGUGACGAGAUGCAGCUGCAGCUCUUCCAGAAGGAGAGCCAGCUCCUGGCCACGGAGGCCAAGCUGAAAAGGCUGCAGCUGGAGCUGCCCACUCUGACCUCUGACCUGGAUGACUCCUCCUCCAGAGAUUCCCAGGAACUUGUUCUUCACACUAACCUGGAUGAAGAUACACAGACAGCUAAAAAAGAUUGCCUGGAAGUACAAAGCCAGGAACUCAGCCCUCAACAGAGCCAUCUGCCCCCAAAAUCACCAAGUGAGUGUGGCUUGGCCAACGAGGAACUGGCAGAAAAGGAGAGGAGGAGGAUGAAGGACUGCUUUGAGCGUUACCGAAGGUCUGGGCUGCAAAAAAGAGCAAUGAGAAGGGUGCCCAAAGACCAGCACCAUGAGGCGGAUUGGGAGAACACGUCUGGCAGUGACAACACUGACACCGAGGGCUCCUGAGAGAAGGACAACACCAAAAUCCCUUGGAAAGGGACACCAUGGACACCAAAGGCUCCUCAGGAGCCAGUCACUGAGGGAUCACCAGUUUCUGCAGGCUGCCUGUGUCUCUCCGUUUCACUCACAACGGACUGUUUGGAUUCUAAAACCAUCCAAACACCCAUUUAUGAAACGCGCUGCAGUGACACUAUUGUAUGGCUCUGACGGCCCCUCGGUCAAUAAACAGGUUUAAAUGCC